GGGAACAGAGGAAGCAAUGGACAUGCAUCUUGUGAACUGACACUCACACGCAGUAAACAAUGACAUCGCAGGAUCAAGCUGGUGGCUCAUCUCGGUCUGAUAUCCUCACCCCUCAGUACAACGAGCAAGAGAUUGCAGCGUUCAAUGCUGAACUGGAGGGUAAAUCGCCACAGGAAAUAUUGAUAUGGGCCGUAGACCACCUCGAUGGGUUGUAUCAGACCACGGCGUUUGGUCUGACAGGUACGGCCGCUCUUGACAUGAUCUCAAAGAUAUCGUUAGAUAGGCAUGAGAUUCACCUCGUCCCUCUGAUCUUCCUCGACACCCUUCAUCACUUUCCCGAGACACUCGCCCUCGCCCAGACCGCCUCAGACCAUUACCUAGCGCCAUUGCAUACCUAUGCUCCUCAGGUUGAACCACUGAAUGCAGAAGGCUUCGCCGCAAAGUACGGAUCAAGCCUUUGGGAGACGGACGAAGCGGCGUAUGAUUAUUUGGUCAAGGUGGAACCUGCUGCGAGAGCGUAUAGGGAGCUCGGAGUCAGAGCUGUCAUCACGGGCAGAAGGAGGAGCCAAGGUGCAGAAAGGGAAGGGUUGAAAGUGCUGGAGGUGGAUGAGAGGGGGUUAAUAAAGGUCAACCCCUUGAUUUCGUGGACGUUCAAAGAGGUCAAGGCGUACAUUGACAAGGAGGAUGUGCCGUAUAACACGCUCUUGGACCAAGGAUAUCGGUCUAUUGGAGAUGUCCACUCCACUGCUCCCCCGGAUCCAUCGCUUGCGGACUCUGAUGCCGCUGAGAGAUCCGGGAGAUGGGCUGGAAAGGCAAAGUCAGAGUGUGGCCUGCAUGUGAACUACUUUGACAUGAAAGCGAGAUUUGAGAACAAGUCGAAUGGGACGGAGAACGCAACAGCUACGGGAGCAUGAUCAGUCCAAUUUAGACCAAGUGUAGCCAUUACA